AUGGCAUCUAACAAUCCCACGCAAAUCUUCGCGGAAGACGUGCAGGAAGAGAAAGGAGAAAAUGCCCGUCUUUCCGCCUUCGUGGGAGCCAUCGCAGUCGGCGACCUCGUCAAAUCCACACUGGGCCCCAAGGGCAUGGACAAGAUCCUGCAGAGUGCCAGUACAGGCGAGAUAAUGGUGACUAACGAUGGAGCCACGAUAUUGAAAUCCAUAGCCCUCGACAAUGCUGCUGCCAAAGUCCUGGUCAACAUUUCCAAAGUCCAAGACGACGAAGUGGGAGACGGAACAACAUCGGUUGCAGUCCUUGCUGCCGAAUUACUGCGAGAAGCCGAACAGCUUGUCGCGAAGAAAAUACAUCCCCAGACCAUUAUUGAAGGCUACCGAUUAGCAUCCCAAGCUGCCUUGCACGCACUCGAAAAGGCCGCAGUCGACAGCAGCAAAGACCCUCAAGUCUUCCGCAAAGACCUCCAGGCCAUUGCUCGAACGACCCUCUCUUCCAAAGUCCUCAGUCAAGACCGAGAUAAAUUCGCCGAUCUAGCCUGCGAAGCCGUCCUUCGUCUCAAAGGCUCAACAGACUUGAACCAUAUUCAAAUAAUCAAGAAGGCAGGCGGAAAAUUAAGUGACAGCUAUUUGGACGAAGGAUUCAUCUUGGACAAGCGCAUCGGUGUGAACCAGCCCAAGAGGUUAGAAAACGCCAAAAUCCUUGUCGCCAACACUGCAAUGGAUACAGACAAAGUCAAGAUCUGGGCUUCACGAAUGAAAGUCGGCUCGCCAAAAGAACUUGCUGAGCUGGAAAAAGCCGAGCGGGAAAAAAUGCGACAGAAAGUGGAACGGAUCAAAGCUCACGGGAUCAACUGCUUCAUAAACCGACAACUCAUCUACAACUGGCCCGAACAACUCUUUACGGAAGCUGGAAUCAUGAGCAUUGAACAUGCCGACUUUGACGGUGUGGAGCGUCUCGCUCUCGUGACCGGCGGCGAGAUCGCAUCCACAUUCGACCACCCGGAACAAGUGAAGCUCGGCCACUGCGACCUGAUCGAAGAAGUCAUCAUCGGCGAAGACACACUGAUUAAAUUCUCCGGAGUAGCCGCCGGCGAAGCGUGCACCAUCGUCCUCCGUGGCGCGACAGAACAAUUACUCGACGAGGCCGAGCGAUCUCUGCACGACGCACUGGCAGUCUUGUCGCAGACGGUCAAAGAACCCCGUAUCACGUUCGGCGGCGGAUGCGCGGAGAUGGUGAUGGCGAACGCCGUGGACUCGCUCGCGCAAAAGGUUGGCGGCAAGAAACGCAUUGCAAUUGACUCGUUCGCCACUGCGUUGCGGCAGCUGCCUACUAUCCUGGCCGACAAUGCCGGGCUGGAUUCAUCGGCUCUCGUCUCGGAACUCCGCAGCGAAGUAUACCGUGGCAUGACGAGCAGUGGGCUCGACCUGCUGACGCCCGGCGGCGGCAUCGCUGAUAUGCGCGAAUUAGGCGUCAUCGAGAGCUAUAAGUUGAAGAGAGCCGUCGUGGGCUCUGCGAGCGAGGCAGCCGAGCUAUUGUUACGAGUCGACGAUAUCAUUCGUGCGGCACCACGGAGGAGGGAGCGCAUGUAA